AUGAAGACUCUGACUCUCCUCUCCAUCUGUGCUGUUCUGUCUGUGUGCUGGUCCAUGGGAGCUGUUGAACCUGAGGUUGUCGAGGACCCUGUAGACGACAUAGUUGCUGAAGCUGUACCUGCUGACGAAGCUGUUGACCCCACGGCUGCUGCUGCUCCAGACUCUUCCUCCUCCUCCGAGUCUGAUUCUUUCUCUGCAUCUGACUCCAACUCUAACUCGUCCUCCUCCUCCUCCUCCUCCUCUGAAUCUUCUGAAUCAUCCUCUGAGUCCUCUGAGUCUGACUCCUCAGCAUCCAACUCUUCUGCCUCCGAUUCUUCUUCUUCUUCUUCCUCCUCAUCUUCCUCAGAGUCAGCCAGUACUGAGGCGCCCGAGGUGGUCAUGACAAGAGACCUGGCUGCUGUUCUCCUGAGGAGAAGAAGAGCCGCCCCAGCAGGAGACCUCUCCCCUCUGCAGCUCGAGAGUCUUUGGGAGGUUUGUGAGCUGCACGACGGCUGUGACGAGAUGGCUGAAACCGCAGGCAUCGUCGCCGCAUACGUCGCCUACUACGGACCCGUCCCCUUCUAAGAUUAAGAUUCCUCUUUAUCAACAUAAGAACUGUUUUUCUCUGU